UUCCUGGCAUUCCGACCUCAGUCCCUCCUCGGUUACUUAUUAUCGCCGCCUGCUCUCUCCAUAGUCAUUUCACAGAAAGAGAGGCGCGAGGCGACAUGAGGCUCGUUUAACUCGACUCAAACCCAUCGGAAAUAUUGGAAAUACUUUAGGAUUGAAUCCACUCCGAGCGGAGCGUUGUGUUGUCAAUGAAAGCUGGUUCACAGCUGAUUUACUGAAAAAUAAAUCCUAUUUGGAAGCAAAGCAGCUCUACUGGUUCUUUUAGAGAAAACCUUUCCUUUUUUUUUUUUUUUCUAACACUGUACUAUGUCUUCCACUGAGGAGCCGUCUGGCACAGUCCUACACCGGCUCAUCCAGGAGCAGCUCCGCUAUGGGAACCCUACAGACACCCGCACUUUACUUGCCAUCCAGCAGCAGGCCCUGCGUGGAGGCAGUGGAAGCAACAGUGGACCCAGCAGUGCUGGAGAAAUGACCAGAAGCCCCAGAUCUUCUCUGGAAAGCCUCACUCAGGAGGACCCUUUGCUUCCCCAGCUCUCAGCGAGGCAGGAGCCACAGGGCCAGGAGCACCAAGGGGACUACCAUCACUCAGAAAGUGGCUUCCAGCUACACGGAGAGAAGCUGCCAACCUACGAGCAGGCCAAAGCACACUCUCAGUACCCAUCCUCUCACUGGACUCACAAUCAGCUCCACGAGGGGCAGCUUGUUCUGGGUGAUGGAUCCUUCCAUGAAGAAGCUGAUCUGUUGGGGCAAAAAUGCAGCCACGUGCGCUCGCUCAGCGAACACCUCAUGCAGAUGUCUCUGGAGAGAAGAGAUGUAUUUGCUAAAUCUGCAGCCAUUAAAAUAAACUCUCACAGCUAUCCCGAGCUCCCUUACUACACCCCACAGUGCAUUGAACGGACGGCGCAAAACGCACCCAAGCGAAGCCCACCCCCAGAAUACAGCAGUCCCAUCCAGGGCCAGGGUUUUAUCCCUCACCAAGUCCAGGAACCAACACUGGCUCGGCCUCACAGAUAUGUCCAGCCUGAUCAGCCAGACGUACCCAGCUACAACACAUUUAACAGUCUGCCACCUGCUGGCUUGGAGGAACCAAACCAGGUGGAGCUGCUGAUGAUGGAAAAUGAGAGGCUGAGGCAAGAGGUGGAAAGUCACAGGGAGAAGACCGGCCGCAUUCAGAAGCUGGAGCAGGAGAUUCAGCGCAUUUCAGAGGCUUAUGAGACGCUGAUGCAGGGCAGCAGUAAAAGGGAAAACCUGGAACAGACGCUGAGGAGGAGGCUGGUGGCUGAGAUCAGGAGGCUGCAAGAUUUUAACAGAGACCUCAGAGAAAACCUGGACAAAGCAAGAACCCACGCAGCUAAAGAAGUAGAGGUGGCCGACCACAACCAGCACAUCAUGGCUAAACUCCUUGAACAAAAUGAGGAGCAGAAUGCUGAGCGGGAGCGUACGGAUCGGGAGAUACAGCGCUUGCGAGUGACGGUGGAAGAGCAGAGCAUUAGGACCAAGCGCCUUGAGGAGGCUCUUGAGGCGGCUCGGGGACGAGGUCGCCAGCUGGAGGAGGAGCUGAGGAGAAAGAGAGCGUAUGUGGAGAAGGUAGAGAGGCUCCAGAGCGCGCUGGCUCAGCUGCAGUCAACGUGCGAGAAAAGGGAGAGUCUAGAGAUGAGGCUCAGGACAAGGUUGGAGCAGGAGCUGAGGACUCUGAGGGCGCAGCAGGUAGACCUCUACACUAAGGAAAGCUGUGACAGAAAACAUGUUUACAUCAGUAAAUUUCAACAGUAUUCCAUCUGGUUAUUACAGAGACAGACUCAGCCCCCUGGGUUGACCGUAAGCUCGCUCCAAGAGCGCUUACGUGAGCGCGAGGAGCGCAUCCUGGCCCUGGAAGCUGACAUGGUGCGUUGGGAGCAGAAAUACCUUGAGGAGAGCACAAUGAGACAAUUCGCCAUGGAGGUGGCGGCCACUGCUGCUGCUCAGAGAGACACAACCAUCAUUAACCAUUCACCCUGCAACUCCUCUAACAACAGCUUCAACGAAGACCUGCCACUUCCUGACCACAGGAACCAGGAAAUGGAAAACAGGAUUCGAGCCCUUUAUGCUCAGAUAUUGGAAAAAGAUGCUGUGAUAAAGAUCCUCACCCAGCGGCUGCAUCAGGAUCAGAGUCAGAAGGAUGAGCAGAGCCCUCGAGCGAACCCCAUGAACACGGCGGGAACUCUACUACGACCAGCUUCCUCCACUCCCUCCAUCAGCACGGCCUGCAGCAAGAGUAAAGGUAAAAAUCUGUCAAACGAUGACAUUCGCCCGACCCAACCAGUCCCUGCACAGUCGGAACCUUCAACGCUUGAAAAGCAGACAGAGGAAACCAGCAAAACUAAGCUAAAUGACGACAAGGCAGGGCCUAAGAAGAUGCUGUCAGAUCCCUUCAGUGGCUUGGACGACCUGGAGUCGGAGGCAGUGGAAAUCUUCAUUUAAGCAACCAAAAUUUGGAUGUUAAAUGAAAGAAAAAAGACGUUUUAGUAUCUGUGAAAACUGCAAGAAAAGAAACGACGAAAAAUCGUGAAUGUGUGAAAGCUGAGAAGAAAGGGGCGGAAUUUGAGGAAAAGGACUGUUUUCUCAUGUCGGUGGCAGAGCUGGGCUCUGAGCCUCUUUCUCACACUGAACCGGACACCUGCAGGCAGUCUGCCCGGCACAGGGAGAAAAGAACAAUCCUCCCAGGUACUUGGACAGUAUUGUGGAUUGUAAUAUGGCAAUAUGUGUCAUACUAUUUAUAUUAAUAUUUCUUUCUCUAAAUAUAAAAAUGCUGCUUAUCCCCUUGACUUUUAUUAAUAUAAUUGUAUUAUAUAUUUUAUUUUUCUCCCCUCUAAUUUAAGGAGCUAUAUUCUUAUCUGGUUUUUCACAUUCCCUAAAUAUUAUAUAUAUAUAUAUAUAUUUUUUUUUGUUAAAUCUUCAGAAAGGGGUUAUAAAUCUGUUUAUUUCCUCUCUCCUGCCUCUUUUGUGGAUUUAAUAUUGUGUAUACCACCACCACACUUUUUGGAGGACUGCCCCGAUCUCAUUAAUUUAAACUGAUAACAAGAUAUAAAGCCCUACUGCUCAUGUUUCUCUAGCCGGAGCAGCUGGUUCUGCAAAGGAUUUGAGAUAUGUGAGUAAUGAGGUGCGUAAUAUAUAAAGUAUUUUUAUUAAUAAUUAUUUAAACUUACUCAGAAAAAGUAGUUUUAGGGGACGUUGUUGCAUUUCUUUUUGGGUUUUUUUUCAAACACCCCUUUCCUCUCAAAGUAUGUUUGCAUGUGUGCUAGCAGUGUGUGCGUUCCCCGGUGUGGUGAUUCUGCCGGUUUGGUUACCACUGAGGGGGGCCGAAAAAAUUAUUAUUUUGUUUACUGUAAGCUGCGAACUAACAGACAAGUUUAAUAAAUUUAUUUUAUAUUUUAUACAAAUGUUUGUAUUGUUAUUUCAGACACAGCAGUGGUUUGAGAAGGAUACCAAAGAGAUUUUUUGUAAGUUAUGAGCCGAUAAGCACAGCCUUGUCGAGCUGUACACAACCAAUCACAAUUGACCUCAAAAACAGGCUUUUUUUGGUGAAAUCUACAGUUGAAUUUAUGCAACAUCUCGUAAAGCAAUGAAUAAAGCGUUCCGAUAAACAU